GUGAGUGAGUGAGUGAGUGUCGUGAGUGUGUAUGCUGUGCAUGUGGCUAGAGUUGAAGAGUGCUUGAAGCGUGCACGGAGGGAGGAGCAGGAUGGCUGGAGUUACUCUACUGCCUGUCUGGCUGCCUGGCACUGAUAGACUUGACUGACUGACUGACUGACUGGCUGGCUGUUCUCCUCUCUCAGGAUCCAGCAGCAGGAGCAGGAGCAGGAGCAGCAGCCUCAGUCUCCAGUCCAGCCCUCAGAUCUCAGCCUCCAUCCAGCCCUCUCCAGCCACUCUGGAGGACCAGGGAGGAUGUUCCUAUGGGCAGGAGCCAAGGGGGGAAGUUCAGGAGGACACGAGAAAAGGACAAUCUACCAGAAGAUCCGUGAGUAUGACGUGUUGGACAAGAGGAAGACGGUGACGGCCCUGAGGGCAGGCGAGGACCGUGCCAUCCUGCUGGGUCUCAGCAUGGUGCUCUUCUCCGUCAUGAUGUACUUUGUACUCGGCAUCACCAUGGUGCGCUCCUACGCAGACAGUGUCUGGACAGAGGAGUCGAGCUGCACGGUGAUCAACUCUACCGUGGUGGCAGAAGUCAACUGCACCUACAGCUGUGGCUCCGACUGCUGGAAGAGCUCCCGGUUCCCGUGCCUACAGGUGUUUGUCAGCCUCAACACAUCGGGCCGAGUACACCGGCUCUCAUACAACGAGGAGGCCCAGGACUCAAAUCCAGAGUGUUUCUACGUCCCCAAGUGCCGCAAGGACCACAGCUCCAUGUACUCCAUCGUGCUGAACAUCUCGGAGAAGCUGAAGAUGCACCAGCAGGUCCUGUGCUACCACGACCCCGGAGAGCAUCAGGAGAACGUGCUGCUGACCCGGCUGUACGGUCGCGCCGCCGUCUUCCACUCGCUCUUCUGGCCCACGUGCACGCUUGUCUGCGGAACGCUCAUCAUCGCCAUGGUGAAGCUCACGCAGUACCUGUCCAUCCUGUGUGAGCGAGUCAGUCGGAUCAAGAGGUGAGAGACAGAGAGUCCGCGAUGGGCGCCCUACGUACGUACGUGACAGCAGGCUAGAAAGAUACGUUUCACGGAGCCUGUGUAUGGUUUCUUUUUUUGAAUUCAGACUCGUGAUGCCACAAGAGUCUGAACAAAUGAGAGAAUGAGGGAGUGAGAGAGAGAGAUGUCUUCUGACUGAUGUGUUUCUCACAGGCUUGGUCUCUCCCUCUUCGAAGCAGUGAGCCAGAGAGAGAGAGGCAGGGCGGCUUCUGUUUCCAGGAAAAGGAGCAGUGCACC